AUGGGUGUUUAUUGCUCAUGGGGAGUUGCUCAAGGGAUUUUUGCUGUUUUAAGUAGUGUUGUAUUUACUUACGGCGGUGUCAAUGCAUCUAAGAGAUUACAUAAUAACGCAAUUAAACGUAUAUUAAGGGCACCAACACGUUUUUUUGAUACUACUCCUUUAGGAAGAAUUAUUAAUCGUGGUGUUUGUGUGGUUUAUUAUCCCUUUGAUUCCUUUGAUCGUGAUUUAUUAUUUAACGGCUCUUUAUUAUCGGGCGCAUUGAUUCGGUAUGAAGAUCUUCAUUACAUGCACAUUUUUGAGACACUUACAGGACUGCCGAUUAUUCGCGCUUGUCGUGAACAAGAAAGAUUUUUGAG